GUGCUGACUUGCUGGCACUUGCAUACAUAUAACGUUGAUAUAACGUUACUGCUCAAAUCUUCAGUAUUAAACGAGACAAGUUCCGUGUCUAUAUAUCACGGAUCAAAUUUUCACGUCUCAGCCCAAUAAGUUACAGCUGUAAUUAGACUGACCAUCCCGGGUUUGGUCAUGGGCACACGGGAAUCUUGCGAUUGCCAUUAGUUUUGCACGCAGCUGUGACUUUUUUGCUAAUCACUAUUUCGAAGCUCGUUUAUCUGGGACCAGUGGGCCUCGAGGGUAGUUGAAAGUCAACUCCCAUGUUGAUACCCAAGGCUUCUGAGGGGGUUCCCUCCCCGCACUUGUCUGUGGAGACUACCAUCAACAUAUAUCCGCCAGCAAGUGAUACCAUACGACUAAGUCCCGAGAUCCUCAGUUUUCUGAAGCAGAACGGUUUGGACGCCCAUGAACUACUGAAACUCCCUGCUGUUCGUCCGCGCGUUGUCGACGACACUCGACCUUUGAGGGAUUACUUUGUUUCUUCUUCACAUAACACGUAUCUACUCGCAUGGCAAGUCCUCGGUCGUGCAUCUUCCGAGUGCUACACACAUGUUCUCUCCAAGAACGCACGCUGCAUCGAAAUUGAUGUUUGGUGGUCUUCCAAGGGUCCGAUCGUCACGCAUGGAUAUACGCUCAGUCGAAGUGUCACGUUCAAGGCGGUCUGCGACGCUAUUGGCGAAGCAAUCUGUGAUGAAGACUGGCCUGUUAUUGUUAGUCUAGAGUGCCACGUGCCGGUCGCCCACCAAGGCGAACUCGUAGAUAUUAUGAAAGGCGCGUGGGGCAAUAAGUUGGUGCAGGAGCCAUUGGACGGAGUGGACGGUGAUACCAUAUCUCCAAGGGAUCUGAAAGGAAAAAUCUUACUUAUGGUAGAGUAUUAUCCGGACGCAUAUUGCCAGGACAUCACUGCAGAUUCUGAUUCUGAGGCAUUUGAUCACGAUUCGUGUGCUGGCACCGAGUGGGAUGAAGUUUCCGAACUUCAUUAUGAGACCGACCCUGUACUUAAGAUGGCCAAUCAUGCCCAUGCAAAGAUUGCAGAUUCGCUAGCCGAGCUGGGUUUUUACACAAGAAGUAUGAAACCGGUCAAACACUGGCUUACUGAAGAGUUACCGAGUCCUCCUCAUCCUCCCAAUAUCCUGAUGAACAUCAGCGAAUCUUCUAUACUAGCCAUGCUUCCGCACUCACUGUCAGAAUUGAUCGAAGAUUCUCGGCGUCGAAUUCGACGCAUCUACCCCCGCGGUGUACGUUUGAGCUCGAAUAAUCUCGAUCCGUUGAAGCAAUGGCGCAGCGGCUCCCAGAUCGUAUGUCUCAAUUGGCAGAACUUCGACCAUGGUAUGCAGCUUAAUGAAGCCAUGUUUGCCGGGACUGCUGGCUGGGUUGAGAGGCCAAGUCGGUUGAUAGGAGUUUCUGAGCGCAAGGUGAAAUUAACAUGUGACGUUAUCGGAAUCAGUUCCUUGCCUCGCCCGAAAGAACACACGGAAUUCUCGCCGUAUGUCCACGCGGAGCUUUAUAGUCCUUCGAAGAAUUUAGAUUGGUGUUCCGAGCAUUUUAAGUGCAAACAUGUACCAGAGGAUGGCGCAGACGUCAUGUGGAAUGACCGUUUUGAAUGGGAAUUCGAAGAGGAUGAAUUGACGUUUAUCCGCCUACGUAUCCUUCGUCACGAAUUACUCUCAAAGGAUGAACAUAUGUUGGUUUUCUGUGCUCGUCUUUGUGAUCUUGAGCAGGGCUGGAGGUUCAUUCACCUACUAUCAAUGGAUGGGAGAUGCACUGGGGCAACGCUGCUAGUUCGAUUUACAAUCAGUGGAAUAUAGUGGACGAUUAGUAGUAAGCAUAGUAAGGUAUAGAGUAGAGCACUUAGC